UGGGGCCCGGUUGGGGACGCCGGGAAGGACUAUUGGUCUUACUUGGUCGCGGCCGCUGCUACCAUGUCCCGCGUGUCGGUCCCUUGUCAUGUGAAAGGUACCGUGGCCCUGCAGGUGGGCGACGUGCGGACCUCCCAAGGCCGGCCUGGCGUGCUGGUCAUCGAUGUCACCUUCCCCAGCGUCGCGCCCUUCGAGUUGCAGGAGAUCAUGUUUAAGAAUUACUACACAGCCUUUCUGACCAUCCGUGUUCGCCAGCACACCUCAACACACACUCCAGCCAAGUGGGUGACCUGCCUUCGGGACUACUGCCUGAUGCCUGACCCACACAGUGAGGAGGGAGCUCAGGAGCCUGGGGAGGAAGCACCUUGGCUCAUUGCUGGUUGGCUCCUGGGCAGUGAGCUGGGGCCUCGGUGGGUCCUUGUGCGUAUGUGUCAGAUGCUGUGUGACAUGGGCAAAGUACUGGAACUACGCCUGAUUCUGCGACAGCCAUCACCGCUGUGGUUGUCUUUCACGGUGGAGGAGCUGCAGAUCUACCAGCAGGGACCAAAGAGCCCUUCCAUGACCUUCCCCAAGUGGCUCUCGCACCCAGUGCCUUGUGAGCAGCCUGCUCCCCUUCUUGAGGGUCUCCCAGACCCCAGCAGGGUAUCCUCCGAGGUACAGCAGAUGUGGGCGCUGACAGAGAUGAUCCGGGCCAGUCACACCUCCACAAGGAUCGGCCGCUUUGAUGUGGAUGGCUGUUAUGACCUGAACUUGCUCUCCUACACUUGAGCUGUGGCCCUUAGUCAAGACGUUGGCCUUCCGUGCCCAUCCAGUCCUGGCUUAGGCCAUCAGAGGCCGAAGUGCUGUCCCUGUGCAUUCCGAGUGUUGCCUGCAUGCGCAUUCUGUCGGGACCACGUUCACAGAGUCAAGAUUCUUGGGGGCUCACUGUGUUGCUUUAGCAUGAACUCCUGGAGGGGAUACUCUCUGUCCUCACCUGACUGCAACCCAAAACUCCUCCUUCGCCCUCCCUAAAAACACUCCAGUUCUAUUACUAAGAAUCCCCCUGUGCCCUCUGUCUCCCCUGCCAACAUGCACAUUCCUGUCUUCUGCCUGCUCCCUCACCCUGAGUGCAGUGGGCUGGGGUAACCUACUAGAACCUGCUCUGUCUAGCCUUGGAAGACUGCUAUAGCUUGGCAGUCGUAGUUUGGAAGCUUGGGGGAGAAACAGGAGCCACAUUCUUCCUUCUGCGCCCCCUAAUGGCCUUCUUUCCCUUUGUAUUAUGCCCACAAAAAGAAAAUUCCUAUCUAAACUCUUCUGCUGCUUGCCUAGGGAGCCACACAAAGCUGGGAAUUUGGGCAGCCUGAGUCCCUUGGUCCCUGAGUUGGCUCCUAGAUGUGUAUUCAAAUGGGUCUUCCCCCAUCCAUCGUGUCUGGGCAAGGCUGGGGCCUGAAAAUGAGUCCUGGGACCUGUCUGCCAUCUGACAGAGCCCAAAGCGUAUCCUUGUCCCUCUUCCAGUUGCCCCCAUGUAAGAGCCACGCUCAGUGUGAUGAGAGAUCAACCUCAGUGGUGGUGGUGGGGGCCAGGUGAGGGUUCUCAUUGGUGUCUUUUAAGAGGCUGAGGUUUUCUACAACCCCAGGCCAGCAGCUGAAUAAGACAGGCUGCUGCUCCUUAUGAGAAAAUCCUGCUUCUCUGUUUUUUUCCUGGCUUUCUUCUGGGGGCUGUUAUGAGGCAGUACUGCAUCAUGUGUUGGACCUGGAAAAUUGGAUGUUUGUGUGGCUCAACAGCUUUCUAGGGGAAGGGCAGCCACUUUUUGGUGGGCACCUUCUGAUGUCACCUAUCAGUUCUUGCAGGUGGUAUCUGCCUGCAGGGUCAUUUACUUAGCCCCAUUCAGCUUUUGCUAAGAGGGUAAUGAUCAGUCUUGUGCUCAGGGAGUAGCAGCCCUCAGUGUGUAUGUGAGUGAGGGGGGAGGUCCCUGGGAUGGCAGGGACCCUGCUUCCUGCACAGCUCUGUCCCCAGCACAGGGCCUCGUGUUCAGCAAGAUCAAUAAAUAC